AUGGACCGGUUCCAGUAUUACGCGGGCAACAUCGUGACGCUGACGUUUGGCGCGCUUUCCAUCAACGAUGUCCUGGCGGCGGUGGUCACGCUGCUCUUCUACGAGGCGGUCAGCGCCGCCUUCUAUCGCUCCCCCACCAGGCCCCUGCGCCUGUGGAUGGCCAACUUCUUUAAGGCCGGGCUCACCGCCGCCCUGCUUGCCGACGCCGUGAAGCUGGGAGGGUGA